AUGGCAAGGUUUGCCGCCUUCACGAUCCUAUGCUUCGUUGAUGCGCACCAGGUGGGCUCGCCGAGGUUUCCGCAGCAGGAAGAAGCCGGCCUCCUGCAACCUGACCAGGCUCGCCCAGUUCGAGAUCGGCCAGGUGUCGCGGCCUACGUGGACAGCCAAGGAAGCUCGCUGCUCGAACAGGAUGGGGCUGCCGCAGACCUUGGAGGCGAAGGCUACCAGACUGCCGAAGUGGCACAGGAUGCGGAUUCGGCCGAGGCAUCGCAGUUGCAGGCAAGCGACAUCAGCAACCUCCUGCUCUCCGGGCUAGCAGAGCUGGAGGACGACGUCGAUCUGAAGAUUCACAAAGGAAGUGGUGAUCUGGGCGCAGACUCCGUGGUGAGGAUCAAUGAGGAGGAAAGCCGGUCAUCAGAGGUUCGCUUUUGGUCCUAUGUGAACCUGGGGGCUGAGACCGGCCGGAGCGAGGAAGCGAUGCGACCCUCGUCGAUUCACCUGAGCACCUUGGGGGACAUCACCUCUGCAGUUGGGUCAACGAGGUCCUACAAAGUGGCUGCCGCGAUUGUGGGCUUGUCAGAUGGAAAGGCAGCAGAAUGGAGCAAUCUGGCGCUUGCUGGGACGGCCUUCAUCGGCAUCUUUCGGAAUGCCUCAGAAGCGUCCCCAGCUCGGUGGAAGAUCUACUCCGCACAACCUGCUCAGGCCAGCAUCACAACGAUGAGGAGCCAGCAGGCAGAGGGAGAGAUCUUCACCCGCGGGCAGAUUCAGACCUUCACUUCUCUCCAGAACGAUGUGGUCCAGCUGACCAGCUCUGGAGACGUCGUCGUGCAAUCCAUGGAGGGAGAAUCGGAUUUCGUUCAGCUAGCUCCGGUGGACGAGGCUGUCUACGGCGUUUGCAACGAGUACUGUGCCGUGAUGGCGUUCGACCGCGAGGCUGAAGUGCUCGUGGAGGAGUGUGUGGAUGGCACGCAGAAGACCUACGACAAGUCCGCAAUGGUCGAGGAAACAUACUGGUUGAUCUCUACAGUGGGCAAGGUCUGUCGAUGGUCCACUACGGGAGGUGCGAAAAUCGCCGGUACAUCUCACAGUGACACCCCUGGCAGCAAAGCAUCGAUGACCUUGCUCCCAUCGGCCUAUUUCCAGGAUCUCACGCUGUUCCCUGUCGCCCUGACGCACGUGCAGAUCAUUGGCACGCAAGCCACCACCUGCGAGGCAGCGGGACAGAAGUUUUCCUUGACGGGUUCUGGCUCGGUCUACUCAGCCGAGCUCGAUGAGGUUGCAGCGAAGUCUGCGCUCUUUUGCAAGACUCCCGUGAUGGUCUUCGGCAUGGCAGGGGUGGGAGACACCGUUCAGCUCCUCAACUCUCCGUCCACCAGCUCCGUAGCGUACACGAAGUAUGCCAACGGCGUGUGUGACACCGAAGACAAGUUUGACAAAGAUGCGCUGGAAGAGGAGCAUCCGGUACUUCCUGACGGAAAAGUCUUGGAGUGGAAGCUGAUCACAACAAAGGAAAAGCCAGGUGUCUGCAAUGUGGAUUCGCUGGAUGAGUGCUUUUCCCUGUGCUCGUCGGUCAAGGAUUGCAAGUUCUUUGCCACUCACUUUGCAGCGAAUUGCAAGGCUUGCUUACUUUUCAAGAGUUGUCAAUCUUCUGGAUCUACAUCCUUGGUCCAAGAUGAUGGGGAAGGUGAAGCCCACGGGAGCUCACAGGGUGGAACAGAGUUCGAAAGGUACGACAUCUUUCAAGUGGAGCAGUCUGAUGGGAAAGACCUGGCAUCGGAUUCGAAUCUCAUCAAGAACCCGAUGUUCACGGAUGGCAAGACUGGCUGGACUGAACUCUGUCCGCCCAUGAUGUACAACGGCAAGAACUUGUCCUUCGAGUGCAAGAACUCGGGGGUGUGGAACAGCGUCCCUGAGGCCAGGCAGCCUGGCACCUGCCAAGAGACCAAGCUGAUAAGAAUACUAAUACUAAUAAUAAGAGUAAUCAUAACACGAGUAAUAGUAGUAAUAGGAAUAGGAACUGUAAUAGUGGUAAUCUUUUUGUGCUUUCUGCCUCUCUCAUCCGUGGCUUCUCUGAUGCCUGAUGCCUCCGCAGGGAAGUUUAGUUUUCGGCUCUGGCUAUAG